AUGGCCCAAGACUCGGAACCUCUUCUGCUCGCCUUCAUUCAGAAUGCGAGAACCUACUCCGAACAGACAAGCGCCCUCGUGGCCCUGAAAACUGACAUAGUUGGACAUGUGCAGAAGAAGAAGUCAUGGGUCGGCCAAGGCGUUCUGCGGUCUCUUGUUGGCAUCCUGCAAGCCAGCAGGUUACCUUCUAAGACCAACGGGAAACCCAGCAAACUCCCGACCGACAGCAUAUGGCUGAGCGAGGAAGAGACGGUGAGGUUAGAGGCUUUACAAGUGCUGUCCAGCUUUGCUCUUGGAGGUCGCGCCUUCGUCGAACCCAUCAUCGCAUCUGGUGCCAUAGCCGCCAUACUAUCCAACAUUUCUCCCAGCACCAAUCCUCCUUUAGUCGUCACAGCCGCUCUGAAGGCUCUCGUCAACAUUUCCGACGCCGCUCUGUGGGUGACCGCAUUCCCGCCGCCGGAAAUACAGCAACUGGCCGAGGGCCUCUUCUCUGCGGAACACCUACACGAUCUUGGGGAGAUCCUGUGGCAGGCGGACGACUGGGCCGCCCCCGCUUGGCAUUAUCCAGUCCCUCUGGUAACCGCCUUGAUCGGUCGUCUUUGUCGGGACGAAAAGAGCGCACUCGCACUGGCGGAUUCCGAGGUUUUCGACCUGCUCGCGCGUGAGUUGGCGAGGUUUGUUGUGGCCCGGCGCCUGGAACACGGCUCUUUAACUUCUAUGGUAAGAAUGGCAAGGCAGUGCACCGGCCUCGCUAGCUUACUCCCUCCGCUCCCGAGCCAGCGCUCAAACUUGGCGUCACUCCUGGAGGCCCUGACUGCCAUCAUCUCGGACUCGCGUUACAGGGCGGCCAGACUAGAGUCGUCCCCGGCGAUUCUGGCCGUUUUCUCUUGCCUCGUCUUCACAGGCCAGUCAGAGACCGAAGACCGCGAGAAGGAUCCCGGCAAGGUGCAUCCGCCGGCUCCCCGCCACCAGGGCCACGGGUUUAGGGCGCAGCAGUCGUCCUCGACCCCUCUUAGCGCAGGAAAAUCUGGGGAGAACGCCCUCCAUUUGUCCAGAUCCGAUUGUGGUGGAUUUGGGCAUGGUUUGCCCGUGCAAGAUGCCUCGCGCCACGAAUCCCCGACCCGCGGCGAAGAGCCCGCCUCUGAGAUUUUCGACACGGCCAUGAUCCCAUGGCUAGCUGUCUUGUCCAGAGAGGGGCCGAAGGUUGAGCGUCUUAUGGCUGCCGGAUUGACGACCACUCUAUCCAAGUACGGCGGGAGCCCAGGUCGGUCCAAAACAACAACCAAACUAGAGUCGCUCGUCAUACCCAUCCUUGUCGAUAUGGCACGGGAACAGAACACGAAAGUGCGGGCUACCAAAUAUUCCACGGUUAGCCCUUCCGUCUCCCUCACAUGGGCGAGAUCAGAGCGGGUACCGGUCGUCCUACUCGUUCUAUCUAGGUUAAUAACAGACAUGGAACGCUUGCAAGAAAUUGCCUUCCAAAGUGGCGCGGCGAAGGUAUUUAGUAAGCUGUUGAAGGACGCGUACGAACCCGUACCGUCGUCGGCAUCUGUUCCACCCUGGUCCCCUCAGCCGGAUACUGGAAUGGUGGUAGAAAGCAGCUCUCCAGACUGCCAACUGGGACCGGAAGCCGAGCCGCUGCUCCUGGUGCAGAGGGUGAGGCUGCGCGAGGCUUCUCUCAAGGCCAUCGCCGCUCUCGCGGCUGGAAAGGACGAGUAUCGGAAAGAGUUUCUGGACCAAGAUAUUGUUCCCUAUGUCGUGCAGUCUCUCUCCACAACCCCCGGCAAGCCCUCUGGCCCCAAGGAUCGGUCCAAGAAAGACCACCCUGAUGGGCCUCUCCCCAAUUCGGCAACGUCAGGCUACGGGAGCAAUCCGUUAUCGGUCGUCAUCGCGGCAUGCCACGUCGUCAGGGUGCUUUCACGCUCGGUCAGCGUGCUCAGAACGGCUUUGGUGGACCACGGCGUCGAGCUGCCUCUUCUGCAGCUUAUGAAGUAUCCUGACGUCGACGUCCAGGUUGCCGCUACGGCUGCGGUCUGCAAUCUGGUCACCGAAGUUAGUCCUGCCAAGAAUACCUUGAUUUCGAAGGGCGUCAUGAAGGUACUAUGCGAGCAUGCGCACUCUGUUACAGCGGCGCUGCGACUCAAUGCCAUGUGGGCCCUUAAGCACCUGGUGCAUGCCGUGGGUACGGACAUCAGAAAACAAUGCCUCGAGGAGCUCGAGUCGGGUUGGCUAGUCCGGCUGAUAUGCGACGACACCGAGGACGAUGCCCUGCACUUGGCCAAGUCGAAUCAAGAGAGGCAGUUCCCUGGCAGCGGCAACCGAAGCGACGAUCUCGACGGAGACGUCGAGAUGGGGCGGGGCGAUGGACCCCCGAUCAACUUUUGGUACGGCAGCACGGGCAUCCCUCGCGGUUAUGAAGACAAGCCGGCUCCGUGGGUCUUGGAGGUCGAAGGCAGAAUCAUGUCCCUCCGUGAGGCGGAACUAAACCCAGAGCGGAAGGCACGGAACGACGACCUAGCGAUCCAGGAGCAGGCACUGAACUUCAUCCGGAACCUGAUCGGGCCUUCAGGACAAGGAGGCAGCUCGGAGCUGGCCAGCGAGUCGACGGAAAUGAUAGAUCACCUGCUCAACACCCUCGGACAGGAUCGAUUCUUCGGUAUACUGGCGAAGAAGCUCCAAGCAAAAGUGCUCCACCCGGGCACGAGGCGGGCCGGUGCGAGCCCCGUGGAGACGAGGGUGCUUUACCCGCAACCCAAGGUCGUCGAGGCGGUCAUCUACAUCUUGGUGCACAUUGCGGCCAGCGUACCGCGCCACCGGCAAGUGGUGAUCGCGCAGGCGGACCUUCUCAAGCUACUGGGCAACCAUUUCUCGAGCAAGGACAAGGACGUCCGGUUGGCGCUAUGUGCUCUCAUCAGUAACCUGACGUGGCAGGACGACGAUAGCGACGCGAGAGCAUGCGGGCUUCGUGCGCAGGAGCUCAAGAAGCUGGGGAUGCUGGGCAAGCUGGAGGCAUUGGAAGAGGACUCUGGUCUGGGCGUGCGCGAGAGGGCCAAGACCGCGCUCUGGCAACUGAAACAAGCCUUAUUUUAA